GUCCCUUAGAAAGCCGGGUCGGCGGCGGAACGCACGGAACGCGAGUUCUCCUCGGAGCUUGGGAACUCUCGGCCGGGGGAACAUGCCUUGCCGGGGCCCUGUUUCCGCGGCUCGGCGGGCGCGCAGGCCGACGGAAGUGGCGAAGCCGCAGCUCCGUGUGGGAAGCGAGUUGAAUCACCCUGGCGACGGGCGGGGCGCGGAGCACCGCCCUUUCCGCCGGAAGCGGGUUUCAGGGCCUCCACGUGCAGCCCUUCCCCCCUCCCGACCCAGUAGCGGCGGCUCGGCUGCUGCCAUGGAGCCCGCCGGGCUGGAGCAGAUCCUGCGGGAGCUGCUGCUGCCAGACACCGAGCGCAUCCGCCGGGCCACCGAGCAGCUCCAGACCGCUCUUCGGGACCCGGCCGCCCUGCCCGCCCUCUGCAACCUGCUCGCCUCGGCGGCCGACCCUCAGAUCCGCCAGUUCGCGGCCGUGCUGACCCGCAGACGACUGAGCACCCGCUGGCGACGGCUGGCGGCUGAACAUCGGGAGAGCCUCAAGUCCCUGGUCCUGACCGCCCUUCAGAGAGAGACUGAGCACUCUGUGAGGCUUAGCCUGGCCCAGCUCUCAGCCACCAUUUUUCGAAAGGAAGGCCUGGAGGCCUGGCCUCAGCUCAUGCAGCUUCUUCAGCACAGUACCCACAGCCUCCACAUCGCAGAGAGAGAGAUGGGGCUUUUGCUGCUAAGUGUGGUGGUGACCUCCCAGCCUGAGGCCUUCCAACCCCACUACCGGGAGCUUCUUCGGCUUCUGAAUGAGACCCUUGGCGAGGUGGGGUCUCCGGGGCUCCUCUUCUACUCCCUGCGCACUCUGACCACCACGGCUCCUUACCUGAGCACUGAUGACGUGCCUCUCGCACGGAUGUUGGUGCCCAAGCUCAUUGUGGCCGUGCAGACUCUGAUCCCUAUAGAUGAGGCAAAGGCCUGUGAGGCUGUGGAGGCCCUGGAUGAAUUGCUGGAGUCAGAGGUGCCCAUCAUCACCUCCCACCUCUCUGAGGUUCUCACAUUCUGCCUAGAGGUGGCUAGAAAUGUGGCUCUGGGUGAUGCGAUACGUGUACGGAUUCUCUGCUGCCUCACUUUCUUGGUCAAAGUCAAGAGCAAGGCCUUACUGAAGAAUCGUCUCCUACCACCCUUACUACACACCCUUUUCCCCAUUAUGGCUGCCGAGCCUGCCCUGGGCCAGCUGGAUCCCGAGGACCAGGAUUCAGAAGAAGAAGAGCCGGAGAUUGGGCUGGUGGGAGAGACUCCCAAGCACUUUGCUGUACAGGUCGUGGACAUGCUGGCACUACAUUUGCCCCCCGAGAAGCUCUGUCCCCUGCUGAUGCCUAUGCUGGAAGAGGCCUUGCGGAGUGAGAGACCGUACCAGCGCAAGGCUGGGCUCCUGGUGCUGGCCGUGCUGUCCGACGGAGCUGGUGACCACAUCAGACAGAGGCUGCUGCCCCCGCUGCUGCAGAUUGUGUGCAAGGGCCUGGAGGACCCAGCACAAGUUGUUCGCAACGCGGCACUCUUUGCCCUGGGCCAGUUCUCGGAGAACCUCCAGCCCCACAUCAGCAACUAUUCAGGGGAGGUGAUGCCGCUGCUUCUCGCCUACCUGAAGUCGGUGCCUCCCGGGCACACAAACCACCUCGCCAAGGCCUGCUAUGCUCUGGAGAAUUUCGUGGAGAACCUAGGGCCCAAGGUGCAGCCCUACCUUCCGGAGCUGAUGGAGUGUAUGCUGCAGCCUCUGCGGAAUCCUAGCAGCCCCCGGGCCAAGGAGCUGGCCGUGAGCGCCCUGGGGGCCAUUGCCACAGCUGCCCAGGCCUCCCUGCUGCCCUACUUCCCCACCAUCAUGGAGCACCUGCGGGGAUUCCUGCUGCCAGGCCGCGAGGACCUCCCGCCCGUGCAGAUCCAGAGCCUGGAGACGCUGGGGGUGCUGGCUCGAGCAGUGGGGGAGCCCAUGAGGCCCCUGGCUGAGGAGUGCUGCCAGCUGGGGCUGGGCCUGUGUGACCAGGUAGACGACCCAGACUUGCGGCGCUGCACGUACAGCCUGUUCGCAGCCUUAUCGGGGCUCAUGGGUGAGGGCCUGGCGCCCUACCUGCCACAAAUCACCACACUCAUGCUGCUGUCCCUGCGCUCCACUGAGGGCAUUGUGCCUCAGUACGACGGAACCAUCUCCUUCCUUCUGUUUGACGACAAGAGUGAAGGGGAGGAAGAGGAGGAGCUCAUGGACAAGGAUGAGGAAGAGGAGGACGACUCCGAGAUCUCAGGGUACAGCGUGGAGAACGCCUUCUUCGACGAGAAGGAAGAUGCCUGUGCUGCUCUGGGGGAGAUCUCUGUGAACAGCAGUGUGGCUUUCCUCCCGUACAUGGAGAGCGUCUUCGAAGAAGUAUUCAAGCUGCUGGAGUGCCCUCACCCGAACGUGCGGAAGGCGGCCCACGAGGCCCUGGGGCGGUUCUGCUGUGCACUGCACAAGGCCUGUCAGAGCUGCCCCUCAGGAUCCAGCACCGCGGCUCUGCAGGCCGCCCUGGCCCGGGUGGUGCCGUCCUACAUGCAGGCGGUGAGCGGGGAGCGGGAGCGCCAGGUGGUGAUGGCCGUGCUCGAGGCGCUGACGGGGGUGCUGCGCGGCUGCGGGCCCCUCGCGCUGCAGCCCCCCGGGCGUCUCGCCGAGCUCUGCGGCGUGCUCAAGGCCGUGCUGCAGCGGCAGACAGCCUGUCAGGACGCUGAUGGCGACGAUGACGAGGAGGAGGAGCAGGCCGAAUAUGACGCCAUGUUGCUAGAGCACGCCGGGGACGCCAUCCCUGCCCUGGCCGCCGCGGCGGGGGGAGACGCCUUUGCCCCCUUCUUUGCCAGCUUCUUGCCACUGCUGCUAUGCAAGACGAAACAGGGCUGCACAGUGGCCGAGAAGUCCUUUGCCGUGGGGACGCUGGCAGAGUCCAUUCAGGGCCUGCGUGGUGCCUCAGCGCAGUUCGUGUCUCGGCUGCUCCCCGUGCUGGUGAGCGCCGCCCGGGAGGCCGACCCCGAGGUGCGGAGCAAUGCCGUCUUCGGGCUGGGCGUGCUGGCCGAGCACGGGGGCCGCCCUGCUCAGGAAUACUUCCCCAAGUUGCUGGGGCUUCUGUUGCCCCUCCUGGCACGGGAGCGCCACGGUCGCGUCCGUGACAACAUCUGUGGGGCGCUGGCCCGCCUGCUGAUGGCCAGUCCCACGAGGAAACCGGAGCCCCAGGUGCUGGCCGCCCUCCUGCACGCCCUGCCGCUGAAGGAGGACUUGGAGGAGUGGGUCACCGUAGGGCACCUCUUCAACUUCCUGUACCAGAGCAGCCCUGACCAGGUUGUAGACGUGGCUCCUGAGCUCCUGCGCAUCUGCAGCCUCAUUCUGGCCGAGAACAAGAUCCCACCAGACACCAAGGCCACACUGCUGCAGCUCCUGACGUUCCUGGCCAGACAGCACACCGACAGCUUCCACUCGGCCCUGGGCUCACUGCCUGGUGACAAAGCUCAGGAACUCCAGGCCGCCCUGGGCCUCACCUAGACUGGCGGCUGCAGCCGGGCCAGAGAGAGUAGAGCCUGCCCAGGCCCCAAGAGCGCCUCUCACCCCAGUUUCAGCUUGCACCUUACCAAAGAUUCUGGGCCUCGUACCCACUUGGAGUCUCAGUCCCGCUUGCUGCCUUACAGGGGUGUCUCUGGGGCUGGAUCUGUUACGCUGUGGGACAGUGCAAAUGGAGUCUUGACAUCCUACCCUAAUAAAGGCAGUUCAGUCUCUGCUUGAACGGU